UUGUUUUAAAGUUGAUAUUUUUUAUUUGUAGAAAAGAAAAAUUUAAAUGUGCAAUUACCCGCUAUUUUUUUAAUAUGGUACCAGUAAUUGCCCCUUGAUGACGCCACGUUCGCUAAUCGUAUGUAAUUCGCGCCAAUUCAAAACUUGAAUCUUUAUCAAUAUGGCUACCUGCCGUACAACUUUACGUCCAGAUUUACAAGCGUUAUUAGACAAUUUUACUCAAUUAAAAAACGUUUAUUUAUCGUUAAAAACGUUUAGUAACAUUCAGGAUGAAUUGUUACAAUACGAGAAAUCUAAGUCUUCCAAAAUGGAAGAAGAAAUGAAAAAAAUGACUAAAACAUUUACAUUAUUAGAAGAACAACGUAAAAAAUCUAUCGAAGAGGUACGAAAAGAAAAUGAGGAAUUGAAAAAAGCAUUGUUUGAAUCCCGAGAGGAAUGCAAUCAUCUUAGAUUCAUUUACGUUGAUCGUAAUGUUGAAGAUGAACAAAUUUGUAAAUUGCAGGAUGAACUAGAACUAUUGAAAUCUAAUUUGGCAUUGCAAGAGGAAAGACACAAAGAAGAAAUCUUUCAACUCGAAAGGAAGUACGUAGAAGAGAUACAAAAAUAUAAAACAUUGUUGGAAUCGAGACAACAGUACCAAAAUAAAAAAGUAAGGCAUCCAGCGAUGGACGAUACUUCGAGUCAACAAUCAACAGUAAUUAAAAUUAAGAAAAUUAAGAAAAAAGACAAACCAUCUUUCAGGUGGCCUGGAUUGAACGUAUCGAAAGCGUCUAAAAUAAUUACAACUGAUUUAGGAAAUGAAGAUAAUAUGGACAAAUAUACUUCGGAAAAAACUACAAGAAAAAAAAAACUUUAUUGCGAAGAUAAUGAGGCGAUAGUUGAUAUAUAA